GCUUUAAAAACUUAAAAAUAAUUAAAAAACGCACUCUGGCUGUUUUGGAAAAAAGACAAAAAUCGCUCAUGUUUUGUGCAGCAUGAUUUCUUCAAUCAACUUAGCUAUACGCAAAAUCUUAUCACGAAAAUAGAAACGUAGAAACUACAAUCAACUUUUGAUUAUGGAUAACAUCUAACAAGCUUGCAGUUCGCUUACGACUUGAACAACAAUCAACUAAACACUCCACAACAAUCAACAAACAAAUCCGUCAUUUAAAGAAUUAAAAUGAAAUAUUUCUAUGAAAAAAAAUACCAUAGUACUGGCGGCAUUUACGAAGAGACUACAGAUAUAUACAUAUGUAUACUAUAUAUAGAAAAUGUAACAUAAAUUUUGUAUACCUUUUUUAAAUGAAUUGGUUAUAUUUUGUAUAUAUGUUUUUGUAAAUAUUUUGUUUAGAAAUCAUGAGCACUAGAAGCUUUAAGCUCAACUUACCCUUAAGAUUGGUUUUAUUUUUAUGUAAAUGUUUUCAAGAAAAUUUAUUUAAAUACUAGUACUAAAAAUGAUGAUAAUACAUUUAACUGAAAUCAAAUCUAAAACUCAAAAAAGAAAAAACCUCAAAUUAAACAAAAAACUUCAAAUUCAAAAGAAAAGUAAAUCUCCGUCAAACUAUUUUGUAAAUACUAUUCCUACGCGCUACUCUGCUCUGUCUAGUAAUGCAAGCAACUCACUCAACGUUUGUCUGAGCAUAUCAACGCAAUCGCAACAUUGUUUAGCAGUUAUAAAAUCAAUAAACCUGCACCAAUCAGCGGCGCGCCAGUUGGACCUAGCGGUAGCAAUACGACACUCGAGAACAAGCCCAAAAAUAAAGCUGGACCCAAAUCUAUGCAUAUAUCACGAAAAGCUAAUACAACGUUGGGGCCGCGCAGACUUGGCACAAAUUCACCACAAUCAGUGGCGAACUCGCUAUCGCCAAUGCGCAAUCAGUCAUCUUCACCAGUCACCACUGAGCGUACAAACAGUCCCGUAACUAUUGCACCUGAAAUUGCCGCUGAUCAAAAAUUGAGUAAGAAAUGCGUUGUGAUAUUGCAAGAGAAUGAGGAAGUCAUCAAAUACAAGCGUCAGGAGGUGGCCUUCAUCAAUAGUUUGCUGGAGAAACAGCGAGAAAUGCAAAGAGAGCGCGCAUUAAAACGCCAAGAGUUUCAGAAUAUUUUAAAGCAAAAACGUGAUGAGGGCAAACGUUUGAUGGCUGAAAUUGCCGAAAUUAAAAGGCAGCAGGCCGAGGCGAAUGAAGCACAACAAGUACAAAAGCGUAGCCACCCAAUGCUGCAGCAACAAUCGUCAACGCUUUUAAAUCGUAAGCGUUUGCUAGUGAAAGAAAGAAAUGUUAAAUUCAAUACGAAACCGAAAGUAAGAAGUCGCUCUACAACACCUAAUCGCAAACCAAAUGAAAGUGAGGAUGAAGUUGACAGAGCUGAAAAUGAAGCGGAAAUAAAUGGCAUUGAUGCAACACAAGGGGUGAUAGGUGUUGCCUUUGAUUUGGUGGCUAACAACAAGACACCGAUUGAAACGGCUGCUGAGGAAGUGAGUGCGGUUGAAAAAGAUACGAAAAUAACCGAAACGCAAAACAAAAAGCUAAAUUCCGCCAAACGAUUAUACGCAGAGGCGUCCAAUACAAAAAUUAGUUCUUUAAAAGUGCAAAACCAGAGUACAAAAGCGAGUAGUCAGGAUGUGCAGACCAAUACAGAAAUGCACAACGAACUUGCAAUAACAACAACGCAUACUUUGAUAAAAGCGCAGACAACAUCUGUAAAGGAUGUCACGUUCAUGCCAGAGGAGAUAUCAACGACGAAUAAUACGAUUUUAACAGGAAAACCGAAACUAAACGCACCAUCCACAUUACCUAUACGCAUAGAGCAUACGCGAUACGCCAGAUCAAUGACUCCCAUGAAUAGCGUUGAGGCUCCAACUGCUGCGCCAAGUGUGCAAACCGUUGAGAAUGACUUGCCUAGUAAAGCGAAUUUUUCAUUUUCUUCGCCUCUGACAUCACGUCCCCGCUUAGCGCGCGCACCCUCGCUUUCGCCAUCAAUAUUCAGCAGGCGUAACCGCGUGAAGGUGCGCCGCAGCAUGCAAGAUCCUUCUAGCAAUACAGAUUUCCCGACCAACGCUGUUUCAUGGCUAUCGAAUGCAUCAACUCGCACGAAAGCAGUGAAGGUGCGUCUGAAACGUUUGCAACACUUUAACAUUAAUGCCACACCGCCAAGCUCGCCAGAGAAGGUGCACACUGACAAGGCACCAAAGUCAAUGCGACCUGCGUCUGCAAUGCCUGCUUUCUUCGAAGUGCACGAAACAAAUGCAACACCAACGGAAGUCCUAACGCACCCAGAAAACCCUCUAGAAGCUGUUGCUAACAAAAACGAACGCGUGCAGUCAUUUAAAGGGAAAGGAGAAGAAAAAUUGCUAGAAAUGGAUGAAAAAUAUGGUGUCAACGUUAGGAAAACUGUUGAAAAUGUGUUACUCGUUGCGCCGAAUCAAGUAUCACCAUCUAGACCGUCUUUGAAAACAGUUCAGACGCGUGUGAAUAAAGGCGUACGACGAAAGCCGCAACGGAAAAUACAACAAGGCAGCAAAAAGUUAAAAUUAACUGAAAAAUUGAACAAUUUGGACAAUAACAGCGCGACGCUGACAAACACUGAUGAAUCGGCUGAGAAAGUGCAGUGUGCAAGCAAAAAGGAAACGAAAGGGAAAGUUGUCGAUAGCGCAAUAGCUGGAUGUGCGAAGACUAGCCAAGACAUGGGGAAUCCAUCUGAAGCUGAAGUAACAAAUGUGCAGCAGCCAGAGGAAAAUGGCGAGAAACAGCAGGAAAUUGUAUUGGAGGUGCAGAACGAAAUGCAUACACCGAUGGACGUAGUUGUUGUGAGUGUUUGUGAAGAAAGCAUUGCAAAGGGUCCGAUGGAAAAUGCUUCUAUGGAAAUUGAUUGUACAGAUAGUAAGACUAAAAGAAAUCCCACACAUGGUGCUGUAGUUACGCAGGUUGUGGAUGUCACACCUGGUCGGCAUAUCAAAAAGAGGGUAUUGGGGGAUUUGUUGCUCGCUACAAAUACACCAAAAUCUACGCAAUUCGCUUCGAAUGAGGUUUUCAAUACUGAACUUAAUUUAACGUGCACCGAAAAGUCAUCGGCAGAUCUUGAAUUGCCUGAAAAAGUUAUUGAAGCUUGUACGCCACCAAUUAACAGUGAUACUUUGUCAAUAGUCAAUCCCAAUUCGACGAUACCUCCACCCCCCAUCGACACCGGUUGUCAAGUCAUCAACGAAGAUACUACAAACGUAAAUAAGUUUGAAUUGCAAAACGUCAAUGAUGAUACGCCGCCACCCACAAGUUUGGCUUUGCCGAAAGCAAGUAAACCUGUAUCGAGUGAGUCAAUUUUGUGCAAUAUGCAGUUUGAUGUUGAUCCAACGACUGCGAUUGGUUUACAAAAUAAUAUGCAUGAGAAUAAUGAAAUAACGCCUAACGAAAGCGGUAAAACGACCGAAAAUGCAAUGCCAACAACGGCUGCAGAUCAAAAUGUGCUCGACUCCUUGCCGAAUGCCGGCGCACGUUGCUUGACUGAAGAUGAGGAAUCUAGCAGUGAUUGCCUAUUGUCGCAGUUGUCGGAGCGUGUACAAAAAAUGAAGGAGUUAGAGAGUAUUGUUGAUGCCACCACCGUACAUGUGAUUAAAGAAGCCACAAUGACGUUGAUGAGCUUCGAGGUCGCACCUACUUUACCUGCUUAUUUGCUCAAUGGCGAGAGCCGAGAUGUACCCACUCCACCAGCAAUAUCAACACGUGCACCGACACCCACAGGCAAAAACGAUGCCGCAGCGGAGAUUGGACCAAUCGAACCGACAGCCACAUCAAAGCCCGUAUUAAUUGAGUCAUUAGUAAAAGAAAUGCCGCAAACAUCCCAAACCGCAGAUGCUAAAGUGUUAACUCAGAAGUCGGUACCGAAACCAAAAAAUGAUUCAACGAAUGCAAUCGUUCCGCUGCAAGAAGCCGAAAUAGUAACGGAUAAUACUAUUCCAUUAGUUGCACCAGAAGUGCAAGUUAAAUUUGACGAACGCUUGUCGAGCAAUCAUUUGUCACCGCCUUUAAGUCAAGAACAACAGAUCGCCGAAAUAAUAAACUCACCGACGCCGGCAAGUGCAAUAUCGACCUCCGAUCAUGAAGUAUCAUCAACGCAAGAGAUCGUGUACGCAUCAUCAAAGCGUUCUAAUGCAAAUGCUGUCAAUAAAUCAGUCGAUUUGCCAUUUUCCGCAUCCAUAGAGGAGGAGGCAGCUAUGGUGGUGCAAAAUAGCCAAAUAGACACUACGCACCAUUUGCCAGAGAAUUCGUACUAUAUGCGCAAACGUUCACGCAAAUUUUCCGAUGAAUUCACAAUGUGCGAAAAUAGGAUUGAAAAUGUCAACAAUAAAGAUGCACUUAGGCAACGACGAAAGACGUUUUCCUCCGAAUCAUGCCUAUCUGCCGCACAAUUUGUCACAAAUAAUGCAAUAUUCCCCAUUCAUGCUAAUACUCUAACCGUUGGUAGUGCAACGGCAGCCAGCACCAGCACAAAUUUGAGCAGCGUAGGUGGUAAUAGUGGUGGCAGCUCGCCAUCAACUACCACUGAACCAGUGAUCAAACCACCACCUGCACGUCGACGCAAUCACACACACACAAAACGCAACAAUUCACAAUCGCCGCUAUCCGCACGUAGUCGUAUGGCGGCUGGCGAUGCUGGUGAAUUGAAUGGUAGUUUUGUUUAUAAUUGUAGUCAUUUGCAGUCACCUAAAGCUAAUAUAGCGGAUGUCGAGCGCUGUGUGGUGCUGCCGGCAAGUGCUGUUGUGCCACCGGUAAAUUUGGGCAAUAUAUCGCGUACGUACUCGAAAAAUAAUAUGGCACAAAUCAAAGUUUUUGUGCCACCCGAUGCCGAAAUGUGCUUGCAAAAUGAGGAUGGCGAAAAAGAUAGUUAUGUUGCGACCACUACAAGUAAGCGGGGACGGUCUGUGAGCGCCGUAAAUCGAAAUCGUAAUAAGAAACCAAACAUACCAAACACUGCACCAAAUAAAUCUAAAGGGAAAACGCCAGUGUCUGGAAGCAAAAAGCGCAAUACUGUUAAUAAUGCGCAAAAGCCGGAAAAUACCAAAUCUUCAAAGGCAACAGCUGUUGCAAAGGCACCAACAACUCGUGCGAAGAAUGUAGAGCGCACUUCUAAUAAGAAACGGAAAUAGCAUAGUCAGGUAAAUAUGCUAAACCAACAGACAGUUAAAGAUGAGUGUGAUGAUUUUAUACAAAAUGAUUAUAUACAAAAUGAGUUGGCAAUUACGCCUGGUUCAUCCUGGCGGUCUCAUAGUGUUCGUUUGCACGAAAUAUUACAACCCGGAGUUGUAUCGGAAGAGGCCUCACGGCAAGAAGAUGAAAAUGUUACGAGGAAGGAGAUGGAUAAGGCGGGGUUUGGAUGCACUAAAGUGUUUGAUAGAGACCAGGACGAUAAGUUUGUGUGCUCGAAAUGGAAUGUGAGUGAAAUGCAACCAAUUGUUUUGGUUCAACGCAUUAGCUGGCGUAAGUGAAUAACUAAUAGUCAGUGUAUAUAUAGAGAUUUGUUAGUUAAAUUAAAUUUGUAAUGAUUUUUCGUUUAAUAAUAAUGCGCAAAAUCUUAAAUCGAAUUAUAUAGUAAAAGUUGAAUUUUUUAAGAUUGCCUAUCUAACGUAUUUGGAAUAAUAUUACAUACGAUCCCCAUUGGUCUUUUAAUUGUAUACUUUUUUAUGUUGAUUUUAUUACUAUUAAUUAUUUUACGUUUAGGUAAUUAUACGUACUCACAUACUUGUAUAUUAAAUUGUAAAAUCGGAAAAUGCAAAAAAUUUGUAGAAUGGUAAAAAGUAUUGCCAGUAACAGAUUAUAUGUACACUCUUUUAAUGAAACGCUAAUAAAUAUAUUAUCAUACCUAUGGCAUGUAUUUAUAUUUAAAUGAAUGAAACAAAUAAAUAAAUAUGGAAAUUGUAUGGAAAAAAAAGAAAAAUUUGAAAAUUAGUUAAGAAGAAAAACUAUGUAGGAAACGAGUACCACACGAAGUAGAAGUUACAUAUAUUUGACUAGAGAACUAACUGAAACUCCAAUAAGUAUGUACAAGUGGAGUAUAAAAAAAUUUUGCUUUCAUUUAAAAAUCCAUCAAAAUGGCACAAAUGCGUGUAUAUAUUUUUUGUGUCAUGCUUUGUUAGUUCUAAAAUUAAAAGAAAAGGUAAUGACAGACGCUCGUCUAUCUUGGAGUGCGAAUAAACGAUACUUUUCUUAAUUAAAAAAAAAAAAUAAUAAUAAUUUUACAUAAUUGUGUAAUAUUAUUUGAAAACGCAAGAAAACGGAUACAUACAAAUUAUGUCUUGAGAAUUUUUAUUAUGUUUCUAUUUUUUAAUUGAUUAUCAGUGCUCAUCAGGUAUCUACAGUUAAUUUUCAUUCUAUUUUUAUAAUUACGUUCUACAUGUGUAUAUAUUAAAUUGUAUACAUAUAUAGACUGCAAUUUCUUGUUGCCGAAGCUUUUUUUUUUGGCUGCUCUGUUAAAAAUAUUUAUGCACACACAUAAAUUUUUCCUACAGAACGGUUGAACUAUUCACUCAUCCUAGUCUUUUUAAGUACAUAUUUGUAUGUAAGUUUCGUUUUUAAAUAAAAUAAAAAAAAUUGUGUAGUUUAUUUUAUUCGAUUUUUUUUAUUAUUUUUCUUUUUUUUAUUUCUUCUGCACGCAUGCGCGGUCAAUUACAAACUAAACUAGCCAAGCGAGAAUGCGCUUGAGCAAAUACAAAGAGCAUGCUUUUGAACAUAACUUGUAUGUAAGCAUGUAUAGACUCAGUUUUCAAACGCAGAAUUUUGUUUACAAUAGUAAUGCAUUCUAUUUUAGAAACUGAAUAAUUACUUACGUUUAGAUAAUGCAAAAAAAAAAAAAAA